AAGGGGUGUCGCUGCCGGCGGAAGUAGCGAAUGUAAGUCAUAGCUGCAGGUCUGAAACACCAGCUAUACUUUCGCUUUUCCUCUAGUAAACUUAGUGAUUAUGGCAACUUUUUUCGGUGAAGUUCUGUCGGUGUAUUCUCGGGCCGUGGAUGAAGAUGAAGAGGAGCUCGAUGAAAACGAAGAAGAUGAAGAAAUCCACAGAGAACUGGAGGAAAAGAGGCAGGUUCAUCUGCAGUGGAGCCCCGAGGUCUCCGAGUCGCUGAAGUCCGGAAACAAGAUGCCGUGUUCAGACUUCAUCCUCGCUGUGGGACACAACGCUGCCAGGUUUCUGUCAGUGUACGUUCUCACCUCUGAAAACUGGGACGCAGUGGGACAUGCAUCCGUGUGGAACGAGAGGAGCCGGGCUGGAGCCGGGACAAGCAGCGAGGAGUCUGCGUGUGUUUUCUACAGACGCAAGGACGACCCAUCAGUUGUGAUAUGCCAGGUGACUUGCUACGUUGCAGAGGACCAGCUGUUUCAGUGGACAGAAAAGGUUUUUGACUGCCUGGAGCACAGACAGCUGAAUGUGACUGUGCUGUCUGAUUGCUCUGUGGCCGAGUACAAGACAGCAGACUACCUGUGCAGUAGCUCCGCUCCCUUCCUGCGCUCGCUCCACACCGCUGCUUUCACUGCGCAGCCUGUCUGUCAGUCACUGGAGCAACCCAACAUAGUUACUGGACUUCCAGCUGCAGUACUGAACCACUGCGAGGUCCACCGCAUCGCCACUGUUGUUUACCAGUGUUACAGCGACGUCACCGGCCCAGACUCCGUCUCCAUGGAGACCUUCAAGCCUGCACUAACGAAGCUCGGGAAGUCCAUACAGUCGGAUCCGUCUCCGAGCACCGACGUCCUCCGCAAGUUUGUCAGAAGCACCAACAUUCAGAGUAAUCUUUAUAUCUGAACAUGUCCGUGUCGCACACUGUGCAGAGCAAUUCUAUUUUCCUGUUGUAAAAUACUGUCAUUUUUUAAUAAAGAAAAGUAAAGAAA